AUGGCGAUAUCUCUUACUGGCAAACUGGUGAUAAUAUUCAUCACGUUAGCGGUCAUAGGUGGUAUGACUGCUGUCAUUGUGCUGCUAGUAGCUGAUACUGCUGAAGAGACUACCACUACCACCACCACCUCCAGUACCACGGCAGCUCCAAAUCCAGAUGAGGGAGUUUUAUACCAAGUUGGUGUUGGUAUAGCAGAUAUGACUGGGCCGUGCGUUGAAAUUACUUUCAUGGGUUAUGCGGAGUUGGGUCAAUCGGGACAAGGACUUCAUUUGAGGCAAUUCGCCAGGACUUUUAUCUUCGUGAAAGGCGAUACAAGAGUGGUGCUGGUAAACGCUGAAAUAUUGGCUGUAGGUUUCUCAGUAAGGCGGCAGGUAGUUAAGAAUCUCCAAGAGCUCUACGGUGAUAUGUAUUCGCUCCGUAACGUGAUUAUAUCAGGAACACAUACUCACAGUGGUCCAGGUGGUCAUCUCGUUGAUUUUCUUCUAGAUAUUUCUAUAUUAGGAUUCUCCAGCGAAACCUAUAACGCUUAUAUCGCGGGCAUAACAAGGAGUAUUGUAAAUGCCCACAACAAUAUAGUCCCGGCUCGCCUUAUCUUUGGAAAAACGCGAGUUCCGAACGCCCAAAUGAACCGGUCACCCUUCUCUUAUGAACAAAACCCCCCCGAAGAAAGAGCGAGAUACGACAAAAGUGUAGACGACGAACUCAUCCAAGUUCGUAUAGUGAAGAGAGAUGGUAACCUCCACGGAGUGAUGAAUUGGUUCUCAGUGCACGCCACCAGCAUGAACAUGAGCAACCACCUCAUAUCAUCAGACAACUUAGGAUAUGCGGCCUUGAAGCUUGAAGCUGCUCUUAAUCCUGGCCGACCUACUGGAAAGCCCUCUAUAGUAGCAGGCUUCUUCGCAUCAAGUAUCGGUGACGCAUCUCCUAAUACACGCGGUGCACGCUGUGAGUUCAGCGGCAACGAAUGUGAUAAUCAGUUCAAGAUCUGCGAACUUUUCGAAAGAUGCUUCUCCAGUGGCCCUGGAGUGAAUAUGUAUGAUAGCACUAGAAUCAUUGGAGAAACGGUGUAUAAAGGCGCUUUGGAUGUGCUCAGUAAGCCUGGCGAGGAGUUGCGCGGGGAGCUCGCUGUAAUCCACCAGUUUAUGGACAUGCCGUUGCAGACUGCACCGCGGUACGAUCCUAUCCAUAAAACUUUUUCUGCUAACGAAACAGUUGAAGGUUGUGUACCCGCCCUAGGAUACAGUUUUGCAUCGGGUACCGUCGAUGGCGCAAAUAUUUUAAAUAUUACACAAGGCACGAUCACUAAUAACACGCUGUUGGACGCUAUCGGCGGAAUUGUCGCUCCGCCUACAGAGAUUGACGUGGCCUGUCAUGCGCCUAAACCUAUAUUGCUCGCAACUGGAAGGGUCAACUUUCCGGUUCCCUGGCACUCCCGCAUAGUGUCAGUGUCUCUUAUUUACCUCGGCGAUUUCGUAAUUGUGGGUAUCCCCGGUGAGCCCACGACAAUGGCGGGACGACGGAUGAAGGAUGUAGUGAGUGACGUGUUGGUGUCGCGCGGGUUGAAGCCGCGGGUAGCCGUCUCUGGGCUCACCAAUGAGUAUAUCCAUUACGUGUCUACUUUCGAGGAAUAUCAAGUACAACGUUACGAAGCCGCCUCAACACUCUUCGGGCCACAUACACUCGAUAUAUUCCUGCACAAGUUACGACAGUUCACACUCGCAGCAACACAGGGCUCGUCGGUGGAGGCAGGGCCGGAACCCGAGGACCACGUGGAGAGCACACUGUCCGUCAUCCUGCCCGUGGUGAUGGACUCGGCACCACUCGGCACCAGCUUCGGUGACGUCAUCGAGCAGCCACCGGAACACGUGCGCAGCGGCGACCUCGUCGAAGUUGUCUUCGUCGGAGCAAACCCUAGGAACGAUCUUCUUCAGGAGUCCAGCUACAUUGCAGUAGAGCGUCUAGAGCUAGGGCAGUGGGUCACAAUCGCCACUGAUGCGGAUUGGGAAACCAAGUCAGUGAAAAUAUUAUUCCUUAAGUACAACUUGUUUUGAACUGGUACUGUUCAGUGCUUGCUCUGAGCAAAGGAAACUGUUACAAUAGACCUCUUGUGGCAACGGACACCAAAUGCGCACAAGAUUUUCAAGGGAAUAAACAAAUUAGGGAUCUUAUAAGAUACACGGAAGUGCUUUAUA